GGAUUACAGUUUCAAGUUUGAACUUUCAAGUGACUGAUUUUUUUGGAUAAAGCAACUUCAAAAUCUUCAGCAAACAAAACUUCUCUCAAUCAGCAGUAACUCUUACUAAAAUCAGCAGGUGAGGAAUAAGAAUGGCAAGGCCUUGGGUACUGGUAUUUGUGGUGAUGUUAAUUAUUUUCACUUCACAAUUUGAAUGGAAACAGCAAUUUGGUAAUGAGAUUGAAGCCAGUCCUGUCAUUUCAAGAAAGGACCAAUUUGAUUUCAAAAGGCAAGAAACUAUUAAAGAAAAGAUUAUCCUCUCUCAGGAAAAGAAUAUUCAGAAACUUAAAGAGCUUGUCCGGAGUCUUCAAGAACAGUUGACACAAUGUAAGAAUGAAAACUAUAUUGCCAAUGGCACAGUGAUGCCUUUGAUUGAAACGGAACACUUAAAUGAGCUUGAGAAACAACCAGUCCUGGAAGACUAGACAUGGAUCAUGCACAUCUAACAUCAAAAUGCUUGGUUGUCUGCAAUCUAGAUUCAGGGGAUUCUAACUCAUUGCUACUUAUGUAGUAUGAAAAUAGAAACGUUGGAACAAGAAACCUUUUGAUACAGAAAUGGCGAAAUAAUAUUUUUUGGAAGUAUUGGGUUAUAACUGUAGAAUUUUGGAGUUAAGAAGCGUUCCGGAAAUGGAGAAAGCUUACUGUUUAUAAUAGAAGUGAAUCGUGGACCGGCAUUCUGGUUACGCAACAUGUUUACAUUGAUGAUAUUUUAGCUAAGUUCUACAUGUUUCACUUUUCGUUGGCUAGAUAUUUGUUAUGUGUGUUGAAAUUCUUAGGUAGGACCAGUUUUGCUUUAUUUUGCUUUGAUAUGAGCAGGGAGAUGUACAUAAUAGUGGGACCUAAGGCAUUGUUGAAUGUACAUGAUUGUUUUGUA